AUGUCGUUAGUCGUCAUGUCUACAACACCCACAUCGACAAUGGAUAGAUUGUCGCCAGGAUGGAUCAGUCGGUCAUUAUCGCGAAAAAAGAAGUCAGACUCCAGACCAACAACACCGAACGGCCAGCUCUCGCCAGGGUUAUCACGUAGAUCCAGCAACAGUAAUGAGUCGAGACGAUCCAGCCGGUCCGGAAGUCAGACUAUCCAAGGUCUGGUAAACAGGAUACGUUCAGGAUCAAAUGCCAGUCUACCGAAAGAUUCCACCCAAGAGCUGGAUUUCAAAGAAGUCGACGACUGGUUCACCGGAUUCCAAAGAUACAACCAGCUCGUAACCAAGUCCGAACGCCCUCACACAACCCCCUCAUUCACCAAAGCAACAAAACACCUCUCCAAAAACUGCGGCGGAAACUUCAUCCACGGCCUCCCCGAAGCCCUCUUCGACUUCUCCCUCCUGUGGUGUCCCGCCUCCGCCUCAACAUCCCGCGACCCCUCCGAGCCCUCCUGGAGCUGGACCUCGCACAACGGGCGCAUAACCUUCCCAUUCGACCCGACCAGCAGCCCAGACACCACCGCGCUCCCCCGCGCCGCAGGCCCAACCUUCCGCUCGGAGAUCACAAACUUCCACGUCGGGCCCGCAGACACCCCCUACACCGUCCGCCGCGACAAACACGCCUCCCUGCGCACCCAGUACCCGCCGUACUUCCACGCCCCGCGCGGCGCCGACCCAACGCUCGACAGCACCGCCCUGCGCUUCACCGCCGCCGCCGUCCCCGCCGACGGCUUCUCCGCGGCCCAGCUGCACCACGCCGGCGCCCCGAUUCCGGUCUCGCAGCUGCGGGACCCCGCGGGGCGCCACGCCGGCGUGCUGAUGGCCCACGAGGAGUCUCUGGCUGCUCCGCACUACGCAGGGCCGUAUGAGUUCCUCCUGCUGUCGCGUAACCGCCGGGUCGAGGCUGCGGCGCACGCGCGCACGCCGCUCAGUGGCACGAUGCAUCCGCCCGGGACGCCGAUCUGGGACGGGGAGCGGUUUGUGUGGGACGAAGAGGUUGUGGAUUUCGACGAGGAGGUGUUUGGGCCGGGAGAGUGGUGCGUGCUGAAUUUGCUGCUGGUUAGGUGGGAUGAGGCGAGGGAGGUGGCGGAGCGGGUUGCGGUGGCACGGAUGCACGAGGAUGCUUGGGCGGAACUGGGGCCGAGGAGGAAGGAUGUUGUGCUGAGAUGAGUGGUUUAGAUGUGGAUUCUCCUAUGUGCUUUCAUCUUCUAUAUUCAUUUCUCUUAAGAU